AUGACAACUAGACUUGAAGAUGAUAAACCAGUCAUCGAUCAUGUUGACGACGUGAAUGCCUCAAACCAAAUAUCAGAAUUAGAGAAUGGUCGAAAGAAGAAAACUGCAAAUAGACAAUUAGACGAAGCUCAAGAGAUUCUGGCUAGAGCAGGUCAUGUAGAAUAUACAGAUGAAGACAAUAAGAGGGUAUUGAGAAAAAUCGAUAUUUUCGUUUGUAUUCCUAUGUGUAUUGUGUACUGCAUUCAACAAUUGGAUAAAGGUGCUGUUGCUCAAGGUGCCGUAUUCGAUUUGAGAGAAUCUACGGGACUGAAAGGUUCUCAAUACAGUUGCUACAUCUCUCAACUAAUCUGCCAACCUCUGUCAUCAUAUGCUCUCGUUGUUUUCCCGGUCAAAUACUGGGUUAUGUUCAAUUUCAUCGCUUGGUCGGUCGUCACCAUUUGCAGUGCCGCAGCGACCAACUUUACUGGUCUAUUGAUCGCUCGACUGCUACUGGGUGCCUUUGAAGCUACCAUCCUACCUUCUUUUGUUUUCAUUACUCAAAUGUGGUGGACUCGAAGAGAACAAUCUUACCGAACAGUCGCAUAUCAAAUUGCCAAUUCACUUGCAUCGUUAUUCGGUCCAUUAUUAGCAUUUGGUGUUGGACAUGUUCACACUGGAAUUAAACCGUAUCAAGGUAUUUUCAUCUGUAUGGGCGGUUUAUCGUUAGCUUUAGUCCCUCUUGUAUGGUAUCUUCUGCCUAAUUCACCUACUACGGCUAAAUUCUUGAGGAACGGCGAUGAUCGACUGAUCGCUUUGGAGAGAUUGAAAGAGAAUCAAACUGGAACCAAGUCAUCCACUUGGAAAUGGAAUCAAGUUUGGGAAACAUACAGGGAUCCAAAAACGUAUAUGUGGGCAGCCAUGUAUAUUUGUACUUCUACGCCAUCUGGUGGUAUUGGGUCUUUCUCAGGUUUGAUCUUGAAAGGUUUCAAAUUCGAUUCUUUCCAGACCACCUUAAUGCACAUGCCAACAGGAGUGAUAGGAAUACUCACUCUCUUCAUCGGUAUUUGGGCUACCAAUAAAUGGAAGACUAGAUGGCUCGUAAUCCUGAUUAUCACUCUCGCUCCAAUUGCCGGUGCGGCUGCAAUCUGCAAUCUUCCAAGAACUAAUAUUCCUGGAUUGAUGACUUCUUUCUAUAUCGCUUAUAUCCUGGCUGGGAUCCAGCCAUUGUUAUACUCGUGGGCAAAUUUAAACGCUGCUGGAACUACUAAACGAGUGGUAACAUUUUCGACAAUGUUCGUUUUUCAAUGUGCAGGUAAUAUCAUUGGUCCUCAAGUAUACUUUGAACGUGAAGCACCCUACUACUAUACCGGUUUAUACGUGGAUAUAGGCUGUUGGUCAGUUCUCAUAUUAUUGAUUAUAGCCAUGAGGUUUUAUUUGGCCCAUUUGAACCGAAAACAAGCUGUCAAACGUGCUUCUUUGGGAAUGCCAUCAGAAUUAGAAGAUAUGUCAAUCAUGACUACUGAAGAAGCCAAAGCAUAUAAAAUCAAAUUGACAGAACAUAUGAAAGCCCACGGAUUGGAUGAAGCGAAAUUGUACGAGAAUGCCUUUGACGACAUGACUGAUUUCGAAAACCCCGCGUUCAUUUACGUCAUCUAA